CUCAGCUUUAACGUUCCCUUAAUUGCAGUAUUCUACGUACUUGUCAAAUUCGAGGGGGAAAUCUCAUAAUUAUGAAAAUCUAUUGAAUAGGUUUCGGUUCAACUUGUGCAGUGAAUGUCAACCGUUCCAAGGAGCGACCGGGAAAUAUAGCAAAUCAUGGGGAAGGGACAAAUCCAAGUGUUGAAUGCGCUUGAUGUGGCCAAAACACAAUGGUAUCAUUUUACUGCAAUCAUCAUAGCAGGCAUGGGGUUCGUCACAGACGCAUAUGACCUGUUCGCGAUUUCCCUCGUCACCAAGUUGAUCGGUCGUGUUUAUUACGCCGGAGAUGAGGAGAAACCUGGUACGUUGCCUCCCCACGUAUCGUCCGCCAUUAAUGGCGUAGCCUUCUGCGGAACACUUACUGGCCAGCUCUUCUUUGGCUGGAUGGGAGACAAGGUGGGACGAAGAGCCGUAUACGGGAUAACUCUGUUGCUGAUGAUCCUGUGUUCUAUUUGCUCGGGCCUUUCCUUUGGACACACCUCUAAAUCUGUCAUCACUACUCUCUGCUUUUUCCGCUUCUGGCUUGGCUUUGGUAUUGGUGGAGACUACCCACUUUCUGCCACCAUCAUGUCUGAGUAUUCCAGCAAGAAGACUCGUGGCGCUUUCAUUUCUGCAGUUUUUGCUAUGCAGGGUUUUGGGAUUUUGGCUGGUGGCUUGUUUGCAAUGAUCGUUUCCGCUAUUUUCAAGUCCAGCUUCAAAGCUCCUCCCUACGAGGUCGAUCCAGUUGGGUCAACAGUUCCACAAGCAGACUUCGUUUGGAGGAUAGUUCUAAUGGCGGGAUCAGUCCCGGCUGCAAUGACUUUCUACUGGAGGCUGAAGAUGCCUGAAACUGCUCGUUACACUGCUCUUGUUGCCAAGAACGCUGAGAGAGCAGCAGCUGAUAUGGCCAAGGUUUUGCAGGUGGACGUUGAAGCUGAUCUCAAGAAAGCCGAGAAGAAGACCCCUCAGCCGAAGGCCAAGAGAUUUGGAUUGUUCUCCAAGGAGUUUCUGACUCGGCAUGGCCUUCACUUGCUAGGAACAUCGAGUACCUGGUUCUUGCUCGACAUCGCUUAUUACAGCCAAAAUCUAUUUCAGAAAGACAUAUUCAGUGCAAUUGGAUGGAUUCCUCCUGCGAAAACCAUGAAUGCCCUUGAGGAGCUUUACAGCAUUGCCAAGGCUCAAACGCUUAUUGCUCUAUUCAGUACGAUUCCAGGCUACUGGUUCACUGUGGCUUUGAUUGACAAAAUAGGAAGAUUCAAAAUUCAAUUGAUGGGGUUCUUCUUUAUGACCGUGUUUAUGCUUGCUCUGGCCAUUCCUUACCAUCACUGGACUCUCAAGCACAACCAUGUUGGAUUCGUGGUCUUGUACGCCUUGACAUUCUUCUUCUCCAAUUUCGGACCUAAUGCCACAACAUUCGUAGUGCCAGCAGAGAUUUUCCCAGCCAGGUUCAGAUCAACGUGUCAUGGCAUAUCAUCAGCGUCUGGGAAACUAGGGGCUAUAGUUGGCGCAUUUGGGUUCUUGGCUCUGUCCCAGAGUCAGGAUCCCAGCAAAGUAGAUGCAGGGUACCGUCCAGGUAUUGGGGUGAAGAAUUCAUUGCUCGUGCUGGGGGCCAUUAAUGCUUUAGGCUUCGCUCUCACAUUCUUGGUGCCUGAGCCGAAGGGGAGAUCCUUGGAGGAGAUAUCCGGGGAGGAUGACGAGGAAGACGAAAGCAACAAGGGAGAGGCAGAGCUAACGCAAUAAAACACGUAGAAUUGAUGUUUUGUGCGUAUUUGGGCAAGGAGUUCGUGAUGUUUUGUACGUAUUUGCUUCGUGGCACUAGUCCACUUGAAGUUUAUUACAUAAAUAAUCUGAUUAUGAUCAUAUUCUGGUCUUCUCGUCAACUUUUAAGGUGCAUUUGGAGACUUGUGAUCCUUGGGUAAAGUACGCAAACAUCCUAUGGGAAUGGGCCGGGAAAGUUUAAUUUGGUUUGACAUUUUC